AAAUAUUUUUUUACAUAUAAAAGUUUGUUUUAGAAACUAAAUAUUUCGAUAUUGAAGAAACUUUUACUGUUUACACUUACGGUGGCACUGACGUUGAAGAGGUUUUAAACCUUCAAAUAACGUUUGCUCUUGUUUUGGGUGUUUUUCUCGUCCAUUCUGGCAAUUGUUCACCAACGUUCUUACUGUGUCAAUUAAAUCGUUUUUCCUUUUUUGUACAAUUUACCUCGACUUUCACUCGAGAUGACAUACCAACUCUACAGGAACACGACCCUGGGCAACACGUUGCAGGAGAGUCUCGACGAACUCAUACAGUAUGGGCAAAUUACACCGACUCUAGCGAUUAAAGUUCUUCUUCAGUUUGAUAAGUGUAUAAACAACGCCCUUGCCACAAGAGUUCGCUCGAGGCUUACUUUCAAGGCGGGGAAACUUAAUACUUACAGGUUUUGUGAUAACGUCUGGACAUUUAUGCUGAACGAUGUCGAGUUCCGGGAGGUCCAAGAAGUCGCCAAGGUCGACAAAGUGAAAAUUGUGGCAUGUGACGGGAAAAGCUUUGGAGAUGACAACUCUUCGUCAAAAAGAUGAUUCGAGGAUGAUGAUUAAUUUUAUCUUUUUCCUCCUUUUUUAUCUUUCUUUCUUGUUUUAAUAAGUAAAUAUUUGUUCUAAUUUUACUAUACCUUUUCCUGAUUGUUUUCAAGUUGUACACACCAAACUAAAAUUUCAUUUUGUUUUUAUUAGGGUGAAUUAUACUUAAAACUGGAGGAAAUUGUGUCUCUAGAUUGAUUGAAGGUC